AUGGCUUCAUCAAAUUUGCUACUUGAAGCUCAAGUCUUUCAUCUUCCCAAUUUGUCUCCAAAGCAGGCGAAUCUCUGUUGUGGAGUCCGUUUGAUAAACCCUCGGUCUUGGUGGAAAUUGUCUUGUUUAGUUUUGAAGCAAGAAAUUGGGCUGCAAAGGAAUGUUUCUGUGAAAUGCCGCAGCUUGCAGAGCAAUGUGUGCAUUGACAAUGUCCAUGUAGAUGAUCAUGCGGAGAGAAGCUCAGAGUUUCAUCACUAUGGCGCAGCUAACGACUUCACAGCCAAAGUGAAACAGAGGAAGUAUGUUAUAGGCUCUUCGGUGUUAUCAUCUGACGGACCAAUCACCGAGAACGACCAAGAGACAAACAAUGAGCUCCUUGACAACCUCUGCAGCUACGGGAAGCUUACUGAUGCGUGCAAGCUUGUCGAAGUAAUGGCACGUCAUAACCAGGUUCCUCAUUUCCCUUCUUGCAGAAACUUGGUCCGUGGUCUAGCCAACAUCGAUCUAAUGGAUAAAGCGAUGAACAUCUUGAGAAUCAUGGUCAUGUCUGGUGGAGUUGCAGAUACUAUCACCUACAACAUGCUCAUCGGAAAUCUUUGCAAGAAAGGGAAUUUAGAAUCUGCCUUGAACCUCUUACAAGACAUGAGCUUGAGUGGGAGCCCUCCAGAUGUGAUCACGUACAACACAGUGAUUCGAUGUAUGUUCGAUAAUGGGAAUGCAGAGCAAGCCGUUGCGUUUUGGAAGGAUCAGCUACGGAAUGGUUGCCCUCCGUAUAUGAUUACAUACACGGUUUUGGUCGAGCUCGUGUGCAGGUACUGUGGAAGCACUCGAGCUAUGGAGGUUUUGGAAGACUUGGCGGUGGAAGGUUGUUAUCCUGAUAUCGUCACGUAUAACUCUCUGGUCAACUAUAACUGCAGGCGAGGGAAUUUGGAGGAGGUGGCUUUGGUGAUUCAGCAUAUUGUAUCUCAUGGAUUGGAACUCAACACUGUGACAUACAACACUCUUCUACACUCUCUUUGCUCUCACGGGUAUUGGGAUGAAGUGGACGAGAUUCUCAACAUCAUGUACCAGACAUCGUACUCUCCUACAGUUAUUACUUACAACAUUUUGAUCAACGGUUUGUGCAAGGCGAGGCUUUUGAGCCGUGCGAUCGAUUUCUUCUACCAAAUGCUGGAGCAAAAGUGCUCGCCUGAUAUUGUCACUUACAACACAGUUUUAGGAGCCAUGUCUAAAGAGGGAAUGGUGAAUGGUGCGAUAGAGUUACUUGGAUUGCUGAGAGACACGAGUUGUUCGCCGGGGUUGAUCACUUACAACUCUGUGAUCGAUGGUUUGGCGAGAAAGGGUCUGAUGGAGAGAGCAUUGGAGCUGUACCGUCAGAUGCUGGAGGCUGGAAUCUCUCCUGAUGAUAUAACACGGAGAUCUUUGAUAUAUGGUUUCUGCCGAGCAAACCUGGUUGAAGAAGCGGGUCAAGUUUUGAAAGAGACGAGCAAUAGAAGGAAUGGGAUCAGAGGUAGCACUUACAGGUUGGUGAUCCAAGGGCUGUGCAAGAAGAAAGAGAUGGAAAUGGCGUUGCAGGUUGUUGAGAUAAUGCUAACCAGUGGGUGUAGGCCAGAUGAGACCAUAUAUAAGGCGAUAUUUAAAGGUGUGGAAGAGAUGGGAAUGGGAGAUGAGGCUCAUGAAUUGCAGAAGAAGCUCAAGCAGUGGAAACUGUUGAGAGAAAUUUAG